CCUCAGUGAAUAGUCAGUUUAAAGCUGCUGUUAUAAACAACAGCGGAUCAUGAAUUGCAAAAUCAUCAUAUUCGCAUCCGUAUGUGUUUGGAUAUUCACAACCGCCGUUUGCGGACGACUGUUAUUUCGCGAUACACCUGGUGGAGACGGUGAGUUGGCAGGGUUGUAUGGGGGUCCAAUACCGGAAAUAACCAGAGAUCGCGAUGAUGGUAAAUAUCGCAAUCUAAACGAAGGUGGCUAUAUGCAAACAGAAAACUUCAUGGGAAUUGAUAUCAAAUCGGUUUCAUACGACCCCGUUUCUCAAAAAUCAUUGAUGCAUAUCGGUACUGAAGGAGUGAGAAAUCGUUUAAAUCUUGCACAGGGAGAUUUAUGCCCCACGUUAGACACACUGCCGGAACUACUUUAUGAUGAUGUCUCCCUGAGCGCCAAAACAGAUUAUAGCGAAAAUGAUUUAUUCUUUGAGCCAUACGGAUCUGGAAUUACAUCUCCAACGUUAUUCAACUCAGAAAUAUAUUUUAUUUUGUCUGGAUUAUAUACAGACAGAGGCGGAAGGGGGACAACAAAGAUUGAAAUCCGUAAGUUUAAAGGCAAUAAGAAUUUGAAUAGCACCGAAACAUUGAACAUUUUCGAUAGUUCUGAACUCAUCUCACUUGUGGCGGAAUAUUCAGACGCACCUCAAGCGCGUGGCAGGAAUAUACAACGAGAAUCAACCCAGUUUCACUACGAGCCAGUCAAAGGGACCAUGGAAAUCGUUUCAGGACUAAAUGAAGACUUGACCUUUUACCUACAAGUCUUCAACAAAACCGUAGAAAAUCGCAGAGAACAAUCAAUAACGAUCGAUUUACUUGGAGUAUCAGCUGAUAACACGGUUGUUUCUCUUCAUCAACAGGAUAUACCUAAAUCAGCUGUUACCCCGGUUACACGGUUCGGCAUUGACCAUCACAAUGGGACUCUAUGUUGGUCAUCAAUUUUGAGAAUUCACUGCGGGGUACUUAAGGACGGCAUUCUUCAAGACAAGACGAUUUUAAUUGACGUAGGAGAGGGUUUGACUGCCGGCAUAUGUAGUCUCACAAAGUCUUGCCAAUCGAAACCUGACUGCGACGACGAUAAAUCACUAACUGGGGUCGCCAUCAAAGAGACAGGCAAAGUCACGGCUGUUUAUUUUGGCUGCCGGGCAAGUCUUGCGGGUAUAGGCGGUCUUGGAUUGGUGAGCAUAUAUCCCGAUGGCUUUAGGAACGUUCAGAGAAGAUUAGAAAAAGUAGUACAGCCAGUGUACAGCAACCAAUCGAGAACAAAUGGCGGUGAUCUAUUUUUGGCGGAUGGAUACUCUGACGCCUGCCCUGAUGACGUCAUGAUUCGAGCUGGAUAUCGUCAAAACACAAGCAACGGUGGACCUGCGUCAAUUUGUUUUUCGAAAAUUUUUGUACUUAUGGUCACAGGCAUUUUGUUGUUAAUGGGAUGAUGCGCAGUUACUUAGAAAACAAUAGCUUCGGCCUUGUAGCCAUUUAAAAGUUAUAACAUUGGACUAAUAGGUCUUAUAUUUUUCCGCUGUGUUUUUAAAUAUUUAUGUAUUGCAAAGAAAGAAACUUGAUUUGCAUAUCUUUUCUUGAAGGCCAAGAUUACAUUGGAUGAUGGUAAAAUUAAGAUCGAUGUCACAUCAUCUGAUGAAGCAUUGAUCUCCAUGCGAAGACCAUUACCACAUAUGGCUUUAGUCUUGUUUUCAUCGGAAUCCCGUCUGCACCUAAUAAAUAA